AUGUGGGUGAGGGGAGAUGUGGAUGUGGGAGAUGUGGAGAAGUGGAGUUGUUGUUGUGUUUAUGAGGGUGUUGGUGGGGGGUUGAGUGAGAGGGUGUGUUGGGGGGGGGGGGGGGGGGUUUUGGUGGGGUUUUGUUUUUAUGGUGGGGGUUUUUUGGUGUGGGUAGGGGGGGGGGGGUAUGGUGGGGAUUGUGUAGUAUUUUUGUUUUGUUUGUUUAUUUGUUUGUGUGUGAUGGUUUGGGUUUAUUUUUGUUUUGGGGGGUUUUGGGUUGGUGGUGGGGGGGUGGUGGUGUUUUGUGGUUGGGUGGGGGUAUAUGGGGGAAUUUGUGGUUGGGAUAUAUUUUUUGGUUUGUGUUUGGGGUAUUGGUGGUGGUGA